AUGCCUUCAAUCGUUGAGACCCCGCAAAAAAGCAAGAGUCUCCUGGAGCUUCUCCCUGGGAACCUUCCCCAUGCCAAGAUACCCACCAACAUCAACUUGGAGGCAGUUGCGGCCCAAGUUCUCAAGUCGUUCCCCCACCUCGAGAAACGCCACUUUACACCAGACGCCAUCUGGCGUGACACGUAUGCCUUGUCAGGAACCAUCCGUACGUUCUAUUUUGAUGAAGCUCUUGCAACAGAAUGGUCUACACUCAGCAAUAGCCACGGUGUCUCCUCUUUUUCUCUUGUCCCUGGUUCUGCAAAGGUUUAUAGACUUGAGGGAGGCGCGGAAUGGGUUGAUUGCAAGUUCAUUUUCCAUACAACCACACCGGCAACUGAAUGCUCUGGUAUGCUCUCACUCGUUCCAUCACAAGAUGGGUCAUGGAAAAUCUGGGUUCUUCGCACGAUCCUUGAGCAGCUCAGCAACCACGGCAAUGUAGAUUCAAUGGAACCUACUAGCGUCUUGGUUAACGGUAACGGCCGUCUUCAUUAUGACGCAGUGAUUAUCGGAGGUGGUCAGAGCGGUCUCAGUACUGGCGGGCGCUUGCAAGCUCUCGGGGUUUCGUAUGUCAUACUUGAGAAAAACGCCCAGGUUGGUGAUGCAUGGGGAUUGAGAUACGAGUCAGCCCGUUUGCAUACUGUGCGCGAAUAUUCUCACUUGCCUUUUGAUAGAACCUUUGGACCCGAGUAUGGCGAAUAUCUAGGUAAAGACGAGCUGGCUAAGGGACAUAAGAAGUGGGCGGAGAAAUACGGCAUCAAUAUCUGGUGUUCCACAAACGUGAAAUCAGGUUCCUGGGAUGAGGCAUCCAGAGCCUAUACUCUUGACGUCGUUAAGGAAGGACGUCCCAUGCAGAUUUCAACGCGACAUGUCGUCAUAGCCACAGGCGCAGGGUCGCAGACCCCCGUGCUACCAACAAUCUCCAACAGAGAAGCGUUCAAAGGAGUAGUGUUGCAUUCUGCCGACUACUCAACCGCGCAGGCCUGGGCUGAAAAGACUGGCAUUGUGGUUGGCACUGGAAAUACAGCACACGAUGUAGCCGACGAUAUGUACGAAGCCGGUAUGGAAGUGACGAUGGUUCAGAGGAGCCGUACUUUUGUACUUCCAGCCGAGUUUAUUAAAGAGCGAUAUGAUCUCAUAUACAAUGCCCAGAUUCCCACCGAAAUCAGUGACCGAGCGAUGUUCACCCAGCCAGUGUCAAUUGCUCGUCUGCUCUCGUCUAAGACAUUCCAUGCUAUGGCCCGGUCACAACCGGAAAGAUACGAUGCCCUCGAGCGUGCUGGCUUCAGGGUUGAUCCUUUCGGAGAUAUUCAAGACGCCAUUAAUAUCCGUCUGGGCGGACAUUACAUUGAUGUCGGGACGUCUGCCAAAAUUGGAAAAGGCCUGAUCAAGGUUAAAUCUGAUGCCGCCGCAUCAAGGUAUACGGAACAUGGGCUGGCCUUCUCAGAUGGGUCUGAAAUCAAGGCCGAUGUGAUCGUCCUUGCAACUGGUUUCGUGGGUAACCUCCGACAGCAUGUGGACAAGAUCUUUGGCUCAGCUGUUGCGAAGAGAGCUGGAGACUGUUUCGGCCUGAACAGUGAAGGCGAGGUUCUUGGAGCUUUCAAACCAUUGGAGCAACCCGGGAUAUGGUAUAUCGGCGGUGCUCUCGGCCACGCUAGAUAUUAUUCUCGCUUUAUUGCAUUGUCUAUCAAGGCCGAUGCUAUAGGGCAACCAUUGCCUGUUUACCGAGAUCACAUGUUUAGAAUUGAUUAA